AUGGAUAUAUACAAUAACUUCACUGAGAAUUCGCUUCCCGCGAAUGCAACGCUCCACUGGACCCCCGUCGCUGCACCCUAUUUCCUUCCAUGGUGGACAUCGGUCAUAGGAGGCGUCCUAGAUUUGUUUCUAGCAUGCCAUAACUUUCUCUCCAUCUUCCGCCACAAGAUCAUUUACCAGAAGCCUCCUCACGGCAUUGCCAAAUGGAAUGUAUUCACACCACCUGGCCGACACUUCACCCUCGCCUUCAUCAGCCUCGCAUACACUUUUCUGCAAACCACAUUCAGCCUCCUACACAUCGCCAUCGAAGCUCACAACAUCUCAAGCAUCCAGCGUGUUAGCGGGGGCAGCUAUUUGAACCUCCUGGCCUCACUAGGCACGGUGCAGAGCCCUACCGUCCGGACUAUUCCAUUCCUCUCUUUCUUCGCCAUCCUUAACGCAAUCCUCUCCAUCACAAACUUCACCCUUCUAUCCUUCUUGCCUCACAUCGGCACUACGUCGUUUUGGGAGAUCUCAUCCAAUGCCUGUAUCGCCGAUGUGUGCGACGCUACUUCUCCAUACUGCAAUUUUGAGGUCGGUGGGCCGGGGAUCUUCGGCCUCACCUCUGACACCCUUACGUCGGCGACUUGCGUCAAUGCUAAUAAAACACUCACCAGUUGGGGUCAGGGGUACGGCGGCUCAGCCCUGAGUUCGAUAUAUACCAUCUUCUUCGUUGUCACGAUGGGUAUUAUCCUCCUCAUCAUGGUCACAGGCGAGCUUUAUCUCAAGUCAAAAGGUGAUUUCACGCCGACAACAUUACUGGCGACGCAACAUGCCACCACCAAGACCAAAUACUACCAUAUCCCGCAAAUCGAUAAUGAUAAAAUAAACCAACCGGGCAUCGAACCCACAAUACAUGUAGAAAGCGGCCAUCGGCCUGUCGUAUUGAGGGUUAACCCGUGGUUCACUCUCAGCUUCUACCCAAUUCUUUUUGGGGUUGUCGUGUCUAUAGUUCUGGCGUCUAUUAACUGGUAUAAUUCAUACAAUGUCGAUAAUAGCACACUGCAGCUAAUCGUGACGAUAUGUCCGACUGUCUCAGACACAGCUGUGAAUGUGCCCGAGGCUGAUCUGCCGGCUUGCGCAAGUGUUGGCGUUGUGAAUUCUAUGACGCUGGGCAUAUUGGAGUCGAUUAAAGCGAAAGGAGCGGCGAUUGUAUUACGCCUAUUGGCGCAUCUUUGA